UUUGGCUGGAUGGAAAACACUGGAGGUUUUUUCCCCCCUGUUAGGGGUGGAGUUUGGUUUUGAAUUCCCCUUCAGCAAAAAAACAAAAAAACAGGAGGAGGAAGGAAGGGGAAAAAGAUCUCAGUGCGUGGAGAGAGAAGCUUCUAUACAAGAGUUUAACUCUGGGAUGAAAUGGAGGAGCAAGCGAGUCAUCGCCAAAAGGCAGUCUUGCAAAGUGUCAGAAAAGCCCCUGACGCCCUCCAGGCUGUGAUGAUCGGAGAAGAUCUGCAGAGAAUACCAGAAGUUCAGAUCAAGGAGGAACCGAGCGAGGGGCAGCUGCAGCGCUGGGAAACCCAGUGGCAGGACUUCCUGAAGAGAGUGGAGGCUUCUCAGUUAGGCUGGGCUGUCCCGCCACUGCUGGAAGAGCCCACCCCCUGGGACGACGCCAAGGCCUUCUUCGCCUCCUUCGAGCAAGUGGCCCAAGCCUGCCGGUGGUCCAAGGAAGAGUGGGUGGCCCGACUCUUGCCGGCCCUCAGGGGAGAAGCCGAGGAGGCCUUUAGUAGGAUGGAGGCCGGAGACAGAGAGGAUUAUGGGAAAGUGAAGGCGGCCAUCUUGCAACGGGAUGCCAUCGGUAGAGAGAAACUGCGCCAACACUUCCGGGGCUUCUGCUACCAGGAGGCUGAAGGGCCCAGGGGGGCCUACAGCCAGCUCCAGGAGCUGUGCUCCCGGUGGCUUAAAGUCGAGAGGCACUCCAAGGAGCAGAUCCUGGAGCUGCUGAUCCUGGAGCAGUUCCUGACCGUCCUUCCGCCGGAGAUCCAGAGCCGGGUGAGGGAGUGCGGCCCGGAGACCUGCUCCCAGGCGGUGGCCCUGGCCGAGGACUUCCUCCUGAGGCAGCAGGAGGCCAAGAGAUGGGAAGAGCAGGAGCUGGCAAAGUUUGAGGAGGUGAUGGUGUGCUCUGUAAAGGCUGAACCAUCUCCCUCCAGCCCUGUGGAGAUGAAGAAAACCAAGCAGGAUCCAGGUGCUGGGCUGCUAGGUUAUGUGCAGCAGAGCAAAAGUGGAGAGAAAAUUCUGGAGUAUUCUGAGCCUGAAGCGUUCCACAGGAGAGCAACUAAGACCGUUUCCCUGGCUGAGGAGGUGGGCAAAACAGGCAGGAGACAACAUAGCCCAAAGAGGCAGCAAAGAAACCGCCAGAGGAAUUGGGCAGGAGGAUCCGUUCCUGGCGUGGCAGACGAGUCCCUUGGCAACCACCUCUCUAGGCCUCACGUACAGCCCUGCGCCAUUCCAGAGGGAGGUUUCGGCGAAGGCUCCAGGCUUGGCCAACUUGAAAGAAUCCAAAAUGGAGGGGGACAGGUUCGGGAUGCUGGGGAGAGCCUCGUCCCCAGGGACCCUCUUCUGAGACCUGAGAAGUCUCGCCAGUGCUCUUACUGUGGGAAAGCUUUCUGCCAGAUCGCCCACGAGAGGGCCACGCACUCCGAGAAGAAGCCCUUCCAGUGCUCGGCGUGUGCCAAGUGCUUCAGCCGCAACUCGCUGCUCCUCAAGCACGAGAGGACGCACGGCGGGGAGAAGCCGUACACUUGCUCCACGUGUGGGAAGAGCUUCGUCUACAGCUGGAACCUCAUUAAGCACAAGAAGAAGCACACGGGCGAGAAGCCCCACCAGUGCUCGGCGUGCGGGAAAACCUUCUUCGAGCGCUCGGACCUCGUGCGGCACGAAAGGACUCACACGGGAGAGAAGCCCUACAGGUGCGCCCACUGCUGGAGACGGUUCAGCCAGCAGUGGCUCCUGAUCAAACACGAGAGAACCCACACGUCUGGCCACUCGAGAAUGAAAAUGGGGAAUCAGGACACCCUAGGCGACACAUUGCAGGAGACGCCAGCGAGAAAAGGGAAAAGCACAGGUUUCCUCCAGGAUGGAAGGAUCAAGGACUUGUUGCAUAGGUUUCCAGGAGGGCAAGUGAAGCAGGAGCCAGGCGAGGAGCCGACAGAAGCCCCAUGGCAGGAACUCCUGAAGAAAAUGGAGUUGCCUCGGUCCGAGGAGCUGUGGGAUGAUGCAAAGUCUUUCCUGGCCUCUUUCGAACGAGUGGCCGAAACCUUCCGGUGGCCCAGGGGAGAGUGGGCGGCCCGACUGCUGCCGGCCCUCACGGGAGAUGCUGAGCAGGCUUUCAGUGGGCUGGAAGGCAAAGACAAAGAGGAUUAUGGGAAAAUGAAGGCGGCCAUCUUGAGAGCGGAGGCCAAGAACAGGGAAGAGCAACGUCAACGUUUCAGAUGCUUCUGCUACCAGGAGGCCGAGGGGCCCAGAGGGACGUAUAUACGGCUCCGGGGACUUUGCUACGGGUGGCUGAAGGUGGAGAGGCACUCCAAGGAGCAGAUCUUGGAGCUGCUGAUCCUGGAGCAGUUCCUGGCCAUUCUGCCACCACAGAUGCAGAGCUGGGUCAAAGAACAAGGCCCAGAGGCUUGUCCCCAGGCAGUGUUGCUCGCCGAGGAUUUCCUGCUGAGGCCAGGAGAGGCCAAGGGGCAGGAGAGACAGGAGUCCCUGAAGAUGGUUGAGUCUCCUCCCUCAGGCUGGAAAAUGCCGCAGUGGUCGGAGGAGCCCGCGCCAUGGGAUGACAUGAAGGCCUUCCUGGCCUCCUUUGAGCAAGUGGCCCAAGGCUGCCGGUGGCCCCCAGAAGAAUGGGCAGCCCGGCUCCUGCCUGUCUUCAGAGGAGAAGCCGAGAGGACCUUUAGCAGCCUGGAAGCCGGAGACAAAGGGGAUUAUGGGAAGGUGAAGGCAGCCAUUUUGCGACAGGAUGCCAUCAGGAGGGAGAAGAACCGCCAACACUUCAGGCACUUCUGCUACCAGGAGGCCGAGGGGCCGAGAGGGACUUACUGUAGACUCCAGAAACUUUGUAGAGGGUGGCUGACAGUCGAAGGACACACCAAGGAGCAGAUCCUGGAUCUGCUGAUCCUGGAGCAGUUUCUGGCUGUCCUGCCCCCAGAGAUGCAGAGCUGGGUCAGGGGACAGGACUCAGAAAGCUGCUCCCAGGCGGUGGCCCUGGCCGAGGACUUCCUGCUGAGGCGGCAAGAGGCCGAGAGAGAGGAGAAACAGGUGGCAUUGGAGGAGGAGGAGGAGGAGGAAGAAGAAGAAGAAGAAGAAGAAGAUGCAAAUUUCUCGGAUGCAGGGCAGUCUCCGUGGGACUCGGAAGAGGGGCACCUGUGCGUGGUAAUCAAGCAGGAAGUUGAGGACGGAGAGGACAGUCUGUCUGUAGAUACGUCCAAGACUGAAAAUGAGGGGGAACCAAGCGAAGCGUCUGUGGAAAGAUUUGAGGAUGCUGGGAAUACGUGCCCCGUGUGUGGGAAAAACUUCAGCUGCAAAUCGGACCUUAACAGACAUCAGAGAACCCACACAGGAGAGAAACCAUUUCGAUGCUUUGAGUGCGGAAAGAGCUUCAGUCGGGGCGACUACCUUAUUUUGCACCAAAGGCUUCACAGAGGGGAGAAACCCUAUAAGUGCUCAGAGUGCGGGAAGGGCUUCUACCGAAGCACACGCCUUAUUUCACAUAAGAGAAUCCACCUAGCGGAGAAGCUGUAUAAAUGCUCCGGCUGCAGCAAGAGCUUCUGUGAUCAGUCGAGACUUAUGCAACAUAAGAGGACGCAGCACUCAAGCGAGAGGCCGUAUAAAUGUUCAGAGUGCGGAAAGAGCUUCAUUCGGAAAGCACACCUUACUAGACAUCAAAGAAUCCACACAGGAAAGGUACUAUACAAAUGCUUAGAGUGUGACAGGAGCUUCAGUUGUAGCAAGCAUCUUAUUUCACACCAAAGAAUCCACACAGGAGAGAAGCCGCAUAAAUGCCUGGCGUGUGGGAAGAGCUUUAAUUUCAGCGGGAACCUUACUUCACACCUGAGAAUGCAUACAGGAGAGAAACCAUUUGAAUGCUCGGAGUGUGGGAAGACUUUCAGUCGGAGUGCCCACCUCACCUUACAUCAGAGAACCCACACGGGGGAGAAGCCAUACAGCUGCUUGGAGUGCGGAAAGAGCUUCAGUCAGAGCAGCAACCUUACUUCCCACCAGAGAAUCCACACAGGGGAGAAGCCUUAUAAAUGCUCGGUGUGCGACAAGAGCUUUGGCCGAGGUGACUCUCUUAUUUCCCAUCAAAAAACCCACGUGGCAGAAACCGCGAAUUUAGUUCCUUGCAAGAGAGAGAACAACAUGGCUGCAGACCAGGGACCCAAGUCGGGAUUUGGCCUCCGGCUCGCACCCGCUCUGGAACUCCCAAGGAACAAAGUGGGGGGUCAAGAUCCGGCCUGCCCCGGAGCAGGAAUUGGGAAACCACCACGUGUGCUUCAGGCUGGAAGCAUUUGGGGCUUCCUCCACAAAAUCCCAGCGGACCAGGUGAAACCAGAACCAGGGGAGGCCACCCUUCAGCGCUGGGAAACCCAGUGGCAGGAGUUCCUGAGGAAAAUCGAGUCUCAUCCUCCCUCGGCCUGGGGGCUCCCACAGUUACCAGAGGAGCCCACGCCCUGGGAGGACACGGAGGGCUUUUUGGCCUCCUUCGAGCAAGUGGCCGAAGCCUGCCGGUGGCCCCGGGAAGAAUGGGUGACCCGCCUCCAGCCAGCCCUCAGCGGAGAAGCCGAGUGGGCCUUUCGAAGCCUGGAGGCCGAAGACAGAGAGGAUUAUGGGAAAGUAAAGGCAGCCAUCUUGCGCGGGGACACCAUGAGCAGGGAGGAGCAGCGCCAGCGCUUCCGGCGCUUCUGCUACCAGGAGGCCGAGGGGCCGCGAGGGGCCUACGGCCAACUCCAAAAACUUUGCCGGGGGUGGCUGAAGGUCAAGAGGCGCUCGAAGGAGCAGAUCCUGGAGCUGCUGAUCCUGGAGCAGUUCCUGACCAUCCUGCCGCCGGAGAUGCAGAGCUGGGUCAGGGGACAGGACCCGGAAAGCUGCUCGCAGGCAGUGGCCCUGGCCGAGGACUUCCUGCAAGCGGCCUCUCGGAGCCAGGAGCAGCAGGCUGUGGCAGAGGUGGUCACCCCACUUCCACCAGAAGAACAGGCUCCGUCCGGUGCCAAGGAGUUGAGGAGGCCCAAGCAGGAGGUCGGUGGUGGAGCAGUUGACUCCCUCGAGGACCAAGACACCAACCAACUGGAAGAGAACAGCACCAUCGAGGGUUUUCAGCUAGGAGGGCCUCGCUCAGAAGACGUGCUUGAGAUCUCGCCUGGAGGACCCCGAGAGAGCCUCUCUUUCCCAGCAGAGAUUGGAGGUGCUAGGCUGGUGCACGAGCAGGGGGGGGAACUUUUGGGGGCGCCCCCGCCAAAAUCGGGACGUUGGAACGAAGAAGGAAUCUGCGGCCCACAAGAGGGAGCGGAGAGGUGGGCCAAAGACCCGGUGCAGGGGUGGAAGAUACAACCCACGGCUAUUCCAGCCGGCGACCUUUGCCAAACGUCGGCUCCACAAAGACAGUACAAAGGAGCGGGAAACAGGCAGUGCCCUCUGUGCGGGAAAGUUUUCACGACACAAUCCAGCGUCAAAAGACACCUGAGGAUCCACACGGGAGAGAGGCCGUAUAAAUGCUCCUAUUGCGGGAAAACAUUUAACCAGAGAGUAAUCCUAACAAACCACGAGAAAAUCCACACAGAGCGGAGGUCGUCCCAAGGCUCCGACGGCGGGGAAGGGUUCAGGAAAGAAGCGAGCAUCCCUGGAAAUCAGAGAAUAUAUUUGGUUACUAGUGAUGACGACGCUAUACACUGCCCCUGCAGGAAGUCUUCGGCCAGGGCCACCGCCUGGGCACAGGUCUCUGGCCCGCCUUCGCCCACCCAGCUCUGGAUCUCCUCUGGCAAGAUGGCCAGGAACUGCUCCAGGGUCACCAAAUCCACGAUCCGCUCCUUCGAGUUGAGCUCGGGCCUCAGCCACUCACAGCAGAGCUCCCGCAGCCGGGCCCAGACUCCCCGGGGCCCCUCGACCUCCUGUUCCCAGGGUUCUUUGGGUGCGCUUCAAAGAGGCGAGGGUGGGCGGGGUGGCGGCGGCUGGAGAGCCAUUUCCUUUCUGCUCUCACGGCCGGGGAGGCUCCACCUCUUCCUCGAGAAGCUGGAUUUUGAAUUUCCCAGCGCAGGGGGCUGCCUCCGCCGGAGAAGCAGCGCUUUCCCAAGCCCGAUCGCCGGUGGUAUCCCAGAAAUGGAUAAAAGCUGCAAAGCCAAGAGAACCAUUAACAGAACGACAAUAGAGGUGAAGAAGGAAAUUAUUUCCAAACAUGAAAGUGGUGCCCGUGUACGUGAUCUGGCCUUGCAGUUUGGUAUAGCCAAAUCUACCAUUUGUACCAUCUUAAAAAAUAAAAAAGCCAUUAAAGGAGCCAACGUUGCGAGAGGUGUUAAAACACUUACAAAACAAAGAACACAGACAAUUGAGGAAGUGGAAAAAUUGCUUUUCAUAUGGAUAACUGAAAAACAGUUGGCUGGGGACAGCAUUUCUGAGAGCAUGAUUUGUGAGAAAGCUUUGCAUUUGCAUGCCGACCUGAUCAGAAACACACCUGGAGCAAGUGCCGAGGGCGAGAGUUUCAAGGCAAGCAGAGGGUGGUUUGAUAAUUUUAAGAGGAGAAGUGGCAUACACAUUGUGGGGAGACAUGGUGAGGUUGCCAGUGCCAACAAAGAAGACGCCGACCAAUUUGUUUUGGAAUUUCAAGAUUAUGUAGAGGCCGAGGGUUUCCUCCCCCAACAAGUUUUCAACUGUGACGAGACAGGCCUCUUUUGGAGGAAAAUGCCAAAGAGGACCUACAUAACAGAGGAGGAGAAAUCCUUGCCAGGACACAAGCCCAUGAAAGACAGGCUAACCCUUUUAUUAUGUGCGAAUGCAAGCGGAGAUUUUAAGUUGAAGCCUUUGCUAGUCUACCUUUCUGAGAACCCCAGGGUAUUUAAGAAAAACAAUGUCAUAAAAAGCAAGUUGCCUGUGAUGUGGAGGGCAAACAGCAGAGCUUGGCUAACCAGGCGGUUUUUUAUUGAGUGGGUUCAUGAAGUGUUUGGGCCAAGCGUGAAAAAAUACCUCCAGGACAAAAAUCUUCCACUGAAGUGCCUGCUUGUUAUGGAUAAUGCUCCAGCCCACCCGCCAGGAUUGGCAGACGAGUUGAUGGAAGAGUUUGGUUUUAUCAGUGUCAAGUUUUUGCCCCCCAACACGACUCCCCUCAUUCAGCCCAUGGAGCAGCAGGUCAUAUCUAAUUUUAAGAAGCUUUACACCAAAGCACUGUUCCAAAUGUGCUCUGAGGUGACCUCGGACCCAGAGCUAACCCUCAGAGAGUUCUGGAAGAACCGCUUCACUAUCCUACAUUGCUUGCAUCUCAUAGACAAAGCAUGGGGCGAUGUGUCUCGGAGAACGCUGACGUCCACAUGGAAGGAAUUGUGGCCAGCGGCUGUCCCUGAAGGCGUAUUCGAGGUUGUUGAAGAGGAUGCUCCUCUCGUUGAGGAUAUUGUGUCUCUGGGGAAGUCCCUGGGCUUGGAAGUGAACAGUGACGAUGUGGAGGAGUUAGUGGAGGAGCACAAGAUGGAACUCACCACAGAAGAACUCCAGAACAUUUUGAUGGAGCAGCAACAGGCGGCAACGGAGGAAUUGUCUUCGGAGGAGGAGGAGAGAAGAGAAAGUGCUCCUACUGCCCUGAUCGAAGAAAUGUGUGCGAAAUGGGUCGAAGUGCAGAGUUUUGUUGAAAAAUAUCACCCUGAUGCAGCUGCUGUGAGUCACGCCACCAACACUUUCAAUGAUAGCGCUAUGUCUCACUUUAGACAAAUUUUAAAACAACGGAAAAGGUCCAUUGAGUCUGAACCAGGUGUCAGUGGUGUAAAAAGGGAAGGAAUGGCAGGACAGGAGUCACCUAGAGGGAUUCUGGAAGAGGGCUACAGAACCCUUGAACAGCAGUCACCUUUUGUGAUUAUUGAAGGGGACUAUCAUCACCUUUGCAGGCCUCAUCAAGGUUGGUACGUGAGGCCGCUAAGCUGCCCAGGGACGACAAUGAAAGAGGCGCUUGUCGCAGGCUCGGAAGAUUUCAAGACGGAGGUGCAUGAAGAGGGUCUUCCUCACCACAGCCCACCUCACCUGGAGCCCCAGGAGAUCAAGGUGGAGCCAGAGGAACGGCCUCUGCACUCCUGGGACGCUCUGUGGCAGGGCUGCCCGCCGGGAGAUGAGCCCUCUCAUUCCACGUGGGACGCCGCUCAGCCGUCGGGGGACGAGACCUCUCCAGUUGUCCCGGACGUCCGCCAGGAGCCUGCCAGGAAGAGGAGGGCGAAGCACCUCCCGGCCUUCCGAGACGGAGACUGGAAGAUCUCCAGGACCCUGAAACCGGGAGACCCAAAUGGGAAGGGUGAUGUCCCGAGCGGAGGCCACAUCGACACGGAGGCCAAGCGCCAGCGCUUUCGGGGUUUCCGCUACUGGGAGGCCGAGGGCCCCCGCACGGCCUGCGACCGGCUCCAGGAGCUGUGCUACGGCUGGCUGAAGCCGAAGAGGCACACCAAGGAGCAGAUCCUGGAGCUAGUGGUCUUGGAGCAGUUCCUGGCCGUCUUGCCGCCGGAAAUCCAGAGCUGGGUGAGGGAUGGUCGCCCAGAGUCCUGUGACCAGGCGGUGGACCUAGCAGAAGCCUUCCUGCUGAGGCCUCAAGAGGAUCUGGACACGUACGACGAAGUGGUUGUGGGCCUGUCGGAUGGAGACCAGGCUUUGAUGGAGACAGAGGUAAAGGAAGAGGUCGACAACAGCCCCACCUCGCCAGGACGUGAAAUAUUGUUGGAUGAAAGCGGAAAGGAAGCGCGGCACCUGUCCCCUGAAGAAUCGGAGUCCGAUGUGGAAGAGGAAGAAUGUGAGAUGGAAGAAGGGAGCUUUGGUGAUCCAGGCGGAGCAGAGGGACACAUGGCAAACGAAAUACAAGUAUGGAAGAUCACGGGCCCCCAGAGCUUGCAGGAGGGCGUGGGCAGACACGUGUGCCCCGCUUGCGGGAGAGAGUUUACUCGCAAAUCGAGCCUCAACAGACACCUGAUCAUCCACUCGGGAGAGAAGCCCUACAGGUGUCUCGAUUGCGGGAAGGGCUUCAACCGCAGAGCCAACCUCAUGGCUCACGAGGCCGUCCACACCGAGGAGAAGUCCUACCAGUGCUCGGAGUGCGGGGAGAGCUUCAAGCCGAAAUGGGGCAUUGCCCCAUACCAGGUGGAUUCCACGGGGGAGAAGGUCUACAAAUGCUUGUCAUGCAAGAAGAGCGUCCGGCAGACGGGCAGUGUGAUGAGCUGGCGGCUGCUGAACGAGCAAGGGACGGAGAUCCAGGCGCAGUCCUCAGAUGCGCCGGGCGCCGAAAAGGAGGAGGAGAAUGUCCCCCAGCACCAGAACGAACCCGAGAUCGAUCUGGGGAAGGAUGUGUCCGUGGGGACGAUUGAGUCGGUGAUCGUUCCAGGCGGAGACCUUUGCUUCAUCAAGACCCCGGCGAAGCUGUACAAAGGGAAGCGGAUGAGUCCCUGCCCCGUGUGCGGUAAGGUCUUCGCCACGCAGUCGAGCGUCAACCGGCACCAGAGGAUCCACACAGGGGAGAAGCCCUACAAGUGUUCCUACUGCGGGAAGAGCUUCAACCAGAAGACGAGCCUGCUCACCCACGAAGUUAUCCACACCGAGGAGAAGCCGUACCAAUGCUCCGACUGCGGGAAGAGCUUCCGGCACUCGUCAGGUCUCCAAGUGCACCAGAGGAUGCACACGGGAGAGAAGCCGUACACCUGCCUGGUCUGCCGCAAGAGCUUCAGCCAGCGGGCACAUGUGAUCAAGCACAUCGUGAGGAAGCACAAGGGGGAGAAACCCUCAUCCUACGUCUCUCAGCCGUCCGAGAGCUGAAGCGCAUGUCCCCUCCGGCCUCCCGGACUAAGAUACGAGAGCAGACCGCAGUCUUAGCAUAGUUUGUUUAGGUGUAAGAAUCCCCGCCCGUUCAGGAUCCGCUCCUGACUUUUUGGGACUGGACAUGCCUCUUUCUUGGAAAGAGAAAAAUCCCAGGCCAGUGUACUCAAGCAGAGUCACAACAGGCACACUCCUCUGAGGGAAUUUGACUAUGCCGUUAUACCAGAGGUGAAUUGAGCAAUCGCACUUAGUGUCCGGAUGGGCAGCAAUUGUUGCCGUCUCGUGGAAAGAGGGGAAACCUAUGCAGCGAAUCGCUUGCGAGUCCUACCCCUGCUCACUAGCGUACCCUGAUGCCCAGUAUGGGAACUGCAGCGGUAAUUAACACCAAAGCUUUUCGGUUGCUAGGCAUCCACCUCUGUAUAUGGUUAGGUUGCUGCUGUGCCAAUAAAUGUUGGUGGAUGGACAUCUGUGGAUGCGCAGAGGAAAUAUGCCUAUUUGGGCUAUGAAGAUCUUGUUGCAAUUCCAUCCUCCACCCCCAUCAAUGAUUUAUCUAUAUUUGGAAUGGAUGGGGCAUGAGGAAUAUGGUGACAGUUUCCUCUGCAUUAACUGGUCAUGGGCAAUGUGCGACAUGCAACUAGUCCUGUAUAGUUUCUGUGUGUUUUAGUAACCCAACGUUGGAAUAUGUCUCCACUGCAAAAUUUUGGUAACUUGGGCUUUGAUCCUCACAGGUGGGGCUCACCUCUGUGGGUGUACAUAGCAGUGGGCUGCUGCCUAUUGGGUCUAGUAUGGCAGAAGGCUGAGAGGCAGAGAGCUGACGACAGGCAAAGCCAGCCUAGUUCUAGUUUCCCCCUAUUCUCCCUGCUCUGCAAGGAGAACACUGUAUGCAGGUGGGUGUUGCUGAGGACCGACUGAGCUUGGUGGAGCAUUGACCCCUCCCCCGUUUGUCCUAGUGGACCAGCCUCCAUUGCCUGCCGACUGCCAUCUUACAGAUACCGGUAGCUCAGAGGAGUGUUCCGUGCUGCCCUUAGUCCGUUUCUGCCCUUGUAGAACUCGGCAGGAGGGUGGGGACAAAAGUAGAAUUAGUUGGCUCCACCUAUUCCAACUCUUGUGAUUCUCUCGUUGGCUCUGGCGCCACCUGCUGUUGGGCUCCCUUCUGCCCCACCACAGCCACUGACCAUUACUCCCAUUAAGUAGUUAUAGGAUUGCAGCCCUAGUCUCUUGGGUAGCAAGGGUGCCGUGUAGAAUUUUUAUUAAAGUUUAACUCGUGUAUGAAAUGGACGCAGGCAGCCCCGGGUUCAGUCCCCCACCCCCAGCGUCACCCCUUAAAGAAGUUUCUCGGGUGGAACAAUAAGCCUUGGAGCAUUUUUUUAAAGAAUAAAAUAGUAUUUUGUAUCAAAGUAAUAGUUUAGUUAGUUUAUUAUCUGCAUCCCGCUUUUCUACUACGAUAAUUAAAGCGGCUUACACUUUAUGUUUUUUUAAAAAAAGGCUGGGAAGGAAUUUUUUAACCCUACCUUGCAAAAUUGUACACCUUUCAAGCAGUAAAAAAGCUUUCCCUUUAAAGAUAUCACUAGAUCGGCCAGCUGACUUGGUGUGAAGCAAGCUUUGUGUGUUCCCUUUGAGGACAAUUUAGGGCAGCUUUCCCAAAAUCCCCUCUGAAUUAGUCUUUCGUUUUCUUGGUGGACUUCCAGAUGUUUUGAUUCUGCUGGCUGGCGCUGGCGGGAGUCAUAGUUCAAAACAUCGGGGGAGGCGCCUGGUUGGGGAAGCCCACGUUACAUACUGGGCAGAGCCACGCCACCCAUUUAAGGCACAACCGACACACAUUUAGACCACAUCACUUCCCCCAAAUAAUCCCUCAAACUGUAGCUUGCUAAAGGUGCAGGGAAUUGUAGCUCCGUGGUGGUGGGGAACUACAGUUCCCACGAUUCUGUUGGGAAAACCAUGUGCUUUAAAUGGAUGGUGUAGAUCUUCACAGUGCCGCCCUGCAGUAAAUUUCACGUCUUUGUCCAUGUUUGAGAGCAGAUGGAUAAAUAGCCAUCCAUAUAUUGUUGGUGUUGUGCUUUCGAACAGUUAUGGCUCACAGAUCUACCAUUUACAGGGCAAUCCUGUGCAGGUUUUACAGAGACGUUAAGUCCCACUGAGUUCAAUGGGGCUUACUGCCAUGGCGAAUGUGUAUCAGAUUGCAGCUUGAAACAAAAUUUAUUUAUGGAGUGCUUGUUAAAAAAGAAGAAGAAUGCAGUAGGAGGCACAUGAAAAAGACUUUCUGGAAAGUAUUCACAAAUUGCUUCACUUGGAUCUUAUCAGAGGUUUUCUGUCACAAUGUUUGCCAGUGUUUUCUUUCUCUCUGCAUAGGAAGGUGUGAAAGACCUUGAGGGGUUUCUAGGUGGGAGAGACAGCCUGUGAACUUCUCAUGAAAUAAACAAUGAAACGUAACACCAGUCUCCUAAUUGGGUUCCAGGUCUCCACAGGUUUGAUUUUAUCCACGAAGAGUAUUAUACCCUCUUUAGCUCCCAAGGGGGCUUAUUAUUAAAACACACCCAGAGAUGUGAUUAUAAUGGAGACAAAAUGUGGUUGUGUGUGGACUGCUCCUGUUCAGGGUGUCAGGCAUCUAAGAAUAAUAAUA